UUCAACACUUGUGUACAUAAAUAGUAGAAUAAACAAGUCGGUCUCCCGACCACUCCAUUCACCACCAUGGCUCCUUCCUUAAUAUCUCCCUCGGUUGAGGACAUCAAGAUUCACAUGAAAAGCGGGCAUGAAACAACCACCGAAGCCUUGGAUGAUGCAAAAGCAAGAUUUGUAGUGCGCAACUCAACGAGCCUGAAAUUGCACGAAGAGGCCGUCAAGAGCUUACCAGGAGGAAACACCAGAAGCCUACUACACAACGCACCUUUCCCAGUGUUCAUGAAGAGUGGGAAGGGACACCAGGUGUUCUCUGAAGACGGCCACACCUACACAGAUUUCGUCGGCGAGCUCACAGCCGGGCUCUACGGCCACUCCGAACCUACGAUCCAGAAGACUUUGGUGGAUACAAUCCAAAAUACUGGACUCAAUCUUGGCGCAACGACAAAGCUUGAAGCUCAAUACGCUGCACUUCUUUGCAACCGCUUCAAACUUGAUCUCGUCCGUUUUACCAAUUCAGGGACUGAGGCUAAUCUUCACGCCAUACAAGGCGCACGACGCUUCACCGGCAGACGGAAAGUCGUAGUCUUCACCGGUGCUUACCAUGGCGCAUGCUUCUAUUUCCCGGAGGACCAACCUGCAGAGAAUUGUGUUGAUCUGGAGGACUGGGUAAUCGCCGAAUAUAACAACAUCGAGGACACCAAAGCCAAGAUCGAACGCUCAGGGGACAUCGCAGCGGUGCUAGUGGAAGGUAUGCAGGGUGCAGGCCCCUGCAUCGUUGGGACUCACGAGUUUCUGCACCAGGUGCAAGAAUCUGCGCGUAAGGUUGGCGCAGUAUUCAUCUUAGAUGAAGUCAUGACAAGUCGUUUAGCACCGGGUGGGCUUCAGGAGCUUGAGGGGUUGACGCCCGAUAUAACAAGCAUAGGAAAGUACCUUGGCGGUGGGAUCACUUUCGGGGCUUUUGGAGGCCGGGAAGCUGUGAUGAGGGUGUAUGAUCCGCGAGAUGGGACAGCCCUCGCUCACUCAGGCACCUUCAAUAAUAACACUCUGGGAAUGGCUGCGGGCUACGUCGGGCUUUCGCAAGUCUACACCCCAGAGGUUAAUCGCAGGUUUAAUGAGAUUGGUAGUCGAUUGAGGGAGAAAUUGCAGAAAGUCAGCCAGGGGACGAAGAUGACUGUAACAGGUAGAGGAACUAUCAUUGGCGUUCAUUUCUUGAAGGAUGGAAGGAGAGAGUUGAAGAGCAUAAGAGAGAAAAAGGAUGACAUGGACCUGAAGGAGCUUUUCUGGUUCGAAAUGAUGGAAAACGGGUUCUGGAUCACGAGGCGUGGAAGUAUUGCGUUGAUUCUCGGGACGCCAGCGGAGGAACUGGAGAGGUUUGUGAAGUGCGUAGAGAAAUUCUUGGAACGACACGAGAGCUUAGUGAAGCUGUGAUGGAAACACCG